ACGAGUAUACUUUGUUCUACUCUCUUGCGUGGAUGUUUUAUAUCAACUUAUUGAGUGCGUAGUAAUAAAGAAAAAAAAUAAACACUAAGAGGAAGACCAUCUUUUUAAUACGAAUGUGCUCAUUAAAAUCUUAUUAGUAGUUGCAGAAAAAAAGCGAACAGGACUUUUUCGGAAAAAAAUAAUUAUCUUUAAGAUGGACAGAAGUGUAUAUAUAAUUGGAAAAAGAUACCGAAACAAAGUUUUUGUCGGUGCCUUGUUAAAAACGACAAGUGCUGCAGAUUUAACAAAAUACUUCAGUGAGUUCGGUAAAGUUUUAGAUGCGAAUAUAGUCUUAGAUGAAAACGGAAAUUCAAAAGGUUGCGGUUUUGUCUCAUUUAUCAAUGAAAAACAAGUGAAAUUGGUUUUAAAUGCAUGCCCUUUAUAUCUUAACGGAAAAAAACUUAACAUUGGUCCUGCAAUAAGAAAACAGGCACCGAAGAGUAUUGGGGAGCCGGUAUUAGUUGUAAAGACGUCAAAAGUAAAGUCCUUUUCACCAAAUGUUAAACCAAAAAACAAUAUUUUGGAAACGUCGCUCGUAUUUCCGUGUAAGUGCUGUUCGACGGUUCCUUAUUUCGUUGACAUUUAUGGAACAACAUUUUUUUAUCAGUAAAUAUUUUUAGCUCCUAAAUUUUGUGUAAAUAUUAUCAAAUAAAUUA